AUGGCCGAAACAUUCAAGAUUCUCGUCCUACCUGGCGAUGGCAUUGGCCCAGAAGUGAUGACCGAAGCCGUCAAAGUACUCAAAGCCUUCGAAACCCCUGAGCGUACCUUUACCAUCCGUCAGGAGUUGAUUGGUGGCUGUAGUAUUGAUGCAACUGGCAAGACUGUCACAGACGACGUCAAGCAAGCAGCGCUAGACUCAGACGCCGUUCUUUUUGCAGCAGUCGGAGGACCGAAAUGGGACAAUCAACGACGUGGUCUUGAUGGCCCUGAGGGAGGGCUCCUCCAAUUGCGCAAAGCCAUGGACAUCUAUGCAAAUUUACGUCCCUGUUCAUCUACCUCACCAAGCGUAUCGAUUGCCAAGGAGUUCAGUCCGUUCCGACAAGACAUCAUCGAAGGAGUGGACUUUGUCGUCGUGCGCGAGAAUUGUGGAGGAGCAUACUUUGGCCAUAAGGUUGAGGAGGAGACCUAUGCGAUGGACGAAUGGGGCUAUUCCGAAGCCGAGAUCCAGCGUGUGACUCGUCUAUCCGCUGAGGUAGCACUGCGUCACGACCCGCCCUGGCCCGUAAUCUCUCUAGACAAGGCAAAUGUCUUGGCUUCUUCCCGGCUCUGGCGUCGCGUAGUAGACAAGACGAUGGCAGCCGAGUAUCCACAGGUCAAGCUCGUGCAUCAGCUUGCGGACUCAGCAUCUUUGAUUCUGGCAACAAACCCACGAUCAUUGAACGGUGUCAUUCUGGCUGAUAACACCUUUGGAGAUAUGAUCUCAGACCAAGCUGGCUCGAUUGUUGGGACUUUGGGGGUGCUGCCGAGUGCUAGUCUCAAUGGUCUGCCGGGAGACAAAACACUGAAGACACGACCAUAUGGACUGUAUGAGCCCACACAUGGCUCUGCUCCGACUAUCGCCGGACAGAACAUUGCCAACCCGGUUGCAAUGAUCCUCUGCGUUGCUCUUAUGUUCCGGUAUUCUUUGAACAUGGAGGCUGAAGCACAGCGUGUAGAGGAUGCGGUGCGAAAGGUGCUAGACUCGGGCCUUCGCACACCUGACCUGGGAGGCAAGGCGGGAAAUGUUGAGGUUGGAGACGCCAUUGUCUCUGCGCUAUAG